AUGAGCGACACGAUGCGCGCAGUAGAUAUCAAAGAUGGCAAAGGCCCAGUCGAGAACCUCCACAUCGGCGACAUUCCCAAGCCGAAGCUCGGAAAGUCGCAAGCGCUCGUCAAGAUCAAGGCUUUUGGUCUGAAUCGCAUGGACCUAUUGCAACGCGAAGGAAUGUAUCCAGUACCCCCUGGUGCUUCAAAGAUCCUUGGCGUAGAGUUCUCGGGUACAAUCGCAGAGUUGAGCGCAGAGGGUGGAGGUAAGGAGGGCUUCAAGGUGGGCGACGAAGUCUUUGGCCUAGCAUAUGGAGGAGCGUAUGCCGAGUACAUUGCGGUGUCAACACAUAUGCUGGUGCGGAAACCAAAGGAGUUGACUUGGGAGCAAUGCGCGGGUAUUCCUGAGACCUGGAUCACAGCAACCCAAGCCAUGUACCUCGUCGGUCAAUUUGCUGCCGGCAAAACCAUCCUCUGGCACGCAGCCGCCUCAUCAGUCUCGAUCGCCGGUAUCCAACUCUCCCUCGCCGACAACGCUUCCGCCGUCUACGCAACCGCCCGUCAAGACGCCAAAUGCGACUUCGCCGUAAAAGAGCUUGGUGCAACCGCUGCAUUCAACACAACAUCUCAGAACUGGGCGGAAGAAGUCAUGAAGGCUACAGACAACAAGGGCGUAGACAUCAUCGUCGACUUCAUCGGUGCAUCAUACUUCCAAGCAAACCUUGAUGCUAUCGCCAAAGAUGGUGUUAUCGUCAAUCUGGGCUUCAUGGGUGGAACCAAGGUGCCAGAGGGUACUGAUAUCAGCGCAUUCAUCAGGAAGAGGUGUACCUUUGUGGGAAGCAGUCUGCGAUCAAGGGAUGAGGAGUAUCAGGGCAAGCUUAGGGAUCAGCUUGUAGAGCAUGCGUUGCCUAAGAUGAAGGAUGGGAGCUUCAAGCUGUUUGUGGAGAAGGUGCUGCCGUGGGAGAAGGUGCAGGAUGCGCAUAGACUGUUGGAGGAGAAUAAGACAAAGGGCAAGGUCAUCUGUACUAUCGAUUAG